ACCAAACCUCCGCGUCUUUUUUUGCCUCUGCUCGCCUUGUUCGCCUUUUUGCCUUGUUGCGCGCUGUUUGCUUGCCUUGUUGCCGUCUGCUGUGAUAGUCCUGCUUGUUGACCGCGUAGAGACUCUACUAUAUAAGCACCUCCUCCGCCUCGCUCGCUUCUUCUCGCUACUCCUCCUCGGCGCCCCGCAGACCAACCUCCACCAUGUCUUCCCACCGCACCUCCCCCUCCGUCUCCUCCUCCAUCGCCGACGAGCAGCACUCCACCCACGAGUCCGUCGAGUCUGUCGAGUCCGCCGACGAGCUCCACACCGCCACCGCCGCCGCCGUCGUCGCCCGGCCCACUGAGGUCCUCGUCAACCGCCGUGUCUCGGCCACCCCAUCUAAUGCCUCUGACCUCACCACCACCGCCGACUCCGUCCCCUCCACCGUGCACGAGACCAUGCCUCCGCCGGCCUCCUCUUCUGCUGCCGUGACCGAGAGCUACCCAGACCCCCCUCCGUCUCCCACGGCGUCGACCACCAGCUUCCGCAGCGCCGAGCAGUCCGUCUACGACACCGACGCUUACACCACCGACGCCUAUGUCGACGCCUACGACGACGAGGACGACGCUUCCUCUAUCUCGACCAUCCCCGGUGGAGUCGCCGCCGCCACUGCCACUACUCCAGCCGCCGCCGCCGCUGCCUCUACCGCUACCCCGACGGCAGCCGGAGGCGCGACUACCCCGCCCAUGUCCGAGACCGAGAUCUUGAACGCCUUCCCCGCUACGCCCGCAGCUGCAGCUACCACCCAGCGCAGUGCGCCGGAGUCCUCCACGCCCACCAACACCUCGAGCACAUCGAGCAAGGAGAAAAUCCUCGCUGGUGCUGCUGUCGGCGCAACUGCCACCGCUGCUGGUGCCGCCGCCGCUACCCGCAAGGCCGCCGCCCCCGCAAAGAAGCCUGCCGGCAACAUCAGCGCGGCGGAGAAAGGCGUUGCCGCUGCUGGCUCGAAGGGUCUGUCUUCCAAGAAGAAGUGGAUUGCUGCCAUAGUUCUCUUCCUCGUGAUUGCCAUCGGUGUCGGUGUCGGUGUCGGCGUGGGCGUUGGCACAAAGCACCACAACAACAAGAGCAACAACAGCUCGAGUGGGUCUUCUGGCAGCUCCUCCUCGCGCACUUCGUCUACAGCGCUGCCUACCUCGUCGACUUCCGCGGCCGGAAUUGCCUCUGCUUCUGCCUCUGCCAGCGCGUCCGCCUCAUCGCAUGCUUCCAGCAGCGUUUCCGCCUCUGCCUCCGGCUCUGCCAUGUCUACGGCCUCCUCAAGCCACGCCUCGUCGUCAGCCCGCUCAUCAUCGAGCGCGUCCGACAGAAGCACCACCCCUCUCGUCGCCGCAACCUCCACCUCUCGUGCUGCCUCGUCCUCCGCACUCCCUUCCACCGCGUCAUCCUCCCUGAGUGCCUCGCGAUCGCUCGUGACCUCCACCCUCGUCUACACCACCGACGUCGAGGUCUCGACCCACACACUCGCCACAAACACCUACUACGACCUGCCGUACACCACGUACUAUACCACCGCAAUCCCCACGCUGGUGACUUCCUACGUCGUGCGCACCGUCUCUAGCUCAUAAGCUCGCUCGCCGGCGGUUCUUUCCCUUUUAUUUCGAUUCUUUUGCUUUUUGUGUAUCUCAAGUUCAGGACCUCGAAAUCGUCCUUUUUGUAACAUACUAUUCUUUUCUUUUUUCUUGAUGUUGUGAUGCUUACUUUUUUCUUUGUUUCUGUAUUCUAAUGUAUAGCUUCUGAAUACCAAACCUGCCUUUGCCGAGUGACAUGUUUCUGAUUUUGUCUUUGCUUAUCUUGUUUUAUUUGGAAAAAAAAAUGUGGUCAUGGUCAAAUGCCCACUCACAUUCGUUUUCUUCUUACUCUACUUUAACUGUAGCGUUUCAAUAUAAUACAAGUACAUAAAA